AGGGCGGGGCAUAGCUGAGUCGAUGAUGUCCACCUCCUUGGUGGUUGACGAGUAGAGAAAAAAAUUACAUCUAUAUAUGUAUAUACACCCAUUUUGUGUGGAAUUAACGUUGAGUUUUGAAGUGAAGACCAGUAUUUGGAUGGUUCGAAAGUCAACUCGGAUCUCCCCUGAAACCCCUGAAACGUCAUGUCAGUAAUGGAGGCCAUGGCCGUGAGCACAUCUGCACAGGGUACGGAUGAGUUUGACCGCAACGCCCCUCGGAUCUGCGGCGUCUGCGGAGACAAGGCCACCGGAUUCCACUUCAACGCCAUGACCUGCGAAGGCUGCAAAGGCUUUUUCAGGCGCAGUAUGAAGCGGAAGGCCAGUUUCACUUGUCCCUUUAACGGCAGCUGCACCAUCACCAAAGACAACCGCAGACACUGCCAAGCCUGUCGCCUCAAGCGCUGCGUCGACAUCGGCAUGAUGAAGGAGUUCAUACUGACUGAUGAGGAGGUGCAGAGGAAGAAGGAGCUGAUCCUGAAGAGAAAGGAGGAGGAGGCAAUGCGGGAGGCGCAGAAACCCCGACUGACCGAGGAGCAGAGUCAGAUCAUCAAUACGCUGAUAGAGGCCCAUCACAAGACCUACGAUGACUCCUACUCCGACUUUGUGAAAUUCCGACCCCCGGUGAGAGAGGGUCCAGUGACACGCAGUGCCAGUCGUGCUGCAUCUCUCCACUCGCUCUCAGAUGCCUCUUCAGAUUCAUUGAACAACUCGCCAGAGUCUAUGGACAAAAAGCUCAGCAGUCUCUUCUCCAUGUCUCAGGACGGCGUGAUGAGCCCGGGGUCCAGGGAUGAAAACUCCCGCCUCUCCAUGCUGCCCCACCUGGCUGACCUCGUCAGUUACAGCAUCCAGAAAGUGAUCGGCUUUGCCAAGAUGAUCCCUGGCUUCAGGGAUCUGACUGCAGAAGAUCAGAUUGCUCUACUGAAGUCCAGUGCUAUCGAGAUCAUCAUGUUGCGCUCCAACCAGUCCUUCAGUUUGGACGACAUGAGCUGGAGCUGUGGAGGACCCGACUUUAAAUACUGUAUUAAUGACGUCACCAAGGCUGGUCACACUCUGGAGCUGCUGGAGCCGCUUGUGAAGUUUCAGGUGGGGCUGAAAAAACUCAACAUGCAUGAAGAGGAACACGUGCUGCUAAUGGCCAUCUGUCUCCUAUCUCCAGAUCGUCCCGGCGUGCAGGACCACGUCCGUAUUGAGUCGAUGCAGGAGCGUUUGUGUGAGACACUGCAGGCGUAUAUCCGUGUGAAUCACCCGGGUGGCCGGCUGCUCUACGCCAAGAUGAUCCAGAAGCUGGCUGACCUGCGCAGCCUGAACGAGGAGCACUCCAAGCAGUACCGCUCGCUGUCCUUCCAGCCCGAGCACAGCAUGCAGCUCACACCGCUCGUGCUUGAGGUGUUUGGGAGUGAGGUGUCCUAGCGGCCAGGAUGUAGAGGUGUCCCACAGUGCCAGUCCAGCGCAGGGGCAUGAGGGAGGAGGGAGGGGGGAGGUCAAGAACAUGGGGCAGAGGUGGACCAGAGGACAUCUGGAGGAGUACUAUUACAGCAGACUGUGUGUGCAUGUGUGUGUGUGUGUGCAUGUGUGUGUGUGUGUGUGUGUGUGUGAGAGAGAGAAAGAGAGAGAGAGAGAGUGUACGUUUGUGUCUCCAGGGCAGGAGUGUGCCAGGGGAUGUCUGGUAUCCCGUUUUGGGAAAUUUGUAGAGAUGUGUGUGUGUGUGUGUGUGUGUGUGUGGGUAUGGAGGGUCACACAUGUUUAAGUCCAGAGUAUGGGAAGCUAAAGGGAAUAUUAAGAAUGUACUUUAUGCAUAUAUAUGAACAGAAAUAUAAGUAUAAGCUAAUAUCUAUAUUUAAGAGAGAUACUUUCUACUAAAUCGAAGCAUACGGCUGAGCAUUGUAAAAUAGGACUAGCAGGCCUCUUUGGUUUGAGCGAGUGUGUGUGCGUGCUUGUGCGGAAAGAUGUGUUUUGUUGUGUAUAUGAAAGAAAAGGACACUAACAAGCAGGCACAUACACUGAAUGAAGUGCAGGGGCGAUUUAUUUUUGAUGUUUGUAUAGAUAAGAUAUUUAAUGACCACAAGAGAGCGAGCCCACCAGUACACACAAGCGAUAAUCUGCUAAUAACAGGCUAAUUACCAUGAUCUAGUUAUUGACAGUUGUGUGAUUGGUUACUUUCAAGCACUGUCCAUCGCUAGACUGUUCAUAAUCAACACAAAAGUGCCAAAGGAUUGUAGACUUUUGUUUUUUAAAGAAAGUCUGUCAUUUUAAUGAAAUUUUCUUCAAAUAUUAUUUUAGAUAUUGUUUCAAUUUCAAAGAUAAUUUUUAGGAAAAACUCCAAUUUGCCCUGAUGUGAUUUUGUUUCUUUGUAUAAAAAAAAAAAAAGCCAUGAUUCGACUCAUGAUUCCAUUCCGGAAUUCAUUUCGAAACAGAAAGUCAGGGUGAUUUGAAGGUCUUGACUGAUUUACACACUAGCCAAUAGCGUCGAUACACACGCCUGCUACAUCUAUACAAACUUCAUAGUCUCUUGGCAAAAUAGCUAAAUAUGGAGAACAGUGAAGUGAAGAGGUUAGCCUUUUAAACUCACCUUGUACCUCACCUUGUACAAGGUCGUCAGCCAUCAAAUAACUGCUGACUUCCGAUUUUAUUUCCCCCAUAAAUUCCACCUUCGUCAAAAAAAAGAAUAAACACCAACCACUUCUCUCUUUUUUCGCUUUGAAAAGGGAAUAGUGUGUAGAAUGACACAAAGUUAAAAACCUCACAGACUAACCAGGUUUGCUGCUAAAGAGCUGCUACUGUAGAGAAAGACAUGCCCGAUCCUCCAGGGGUGGGACAUAUAGCUUCUAGGAAGUAUUUAAUUGAUAGUAGUACAGGAUGAGUCAUCAAAAAAAUGAACGUUGUUCAUUUGUUUUGAGAUAUUAUAUAUAGUUUAGCUAAACAUUUUACGUUUCUCAAGAAAUGAUGCAGAGUGAACGUGAUUAAUUCACAUAGUAUUAACAUAACAUAUUAACCUGUUCUGUUCAAUACUAUAGUGUCACUGUGACGUUACGUAGUAUGACUAUAAGUACGACGUAUGGCAUUUGUCGUGGAAAUAGUUUAGCAGUCACGUGCUUGUUAUAUAACGCUAACGUCAUGGGUUCAAGUCCCAGCUCAGGUAUGAGCUCGCGCUUUGAACGUAUUCACAAAAUCCACACUCAAAUCAUGUUGGAUGAAUGAAAACGAUUUGUUUUUAUGUUUUCUCAAUUCAGUCACGUGGAAUCGAUGUAUUUGAAAUAAAUGAAAUAGACGUUUCUUUUGUACUUAGUGUACUGUCUAUAACACUAAGACCAGUAAAAAAAAAAAAGUAAAAUAAAAACCACCCUAAUGUGAUGUCAUGGCCACUUUAAAAGCAUACAGGGCAAAGACUCUAAAAAAAAUGAUGUUGCGAUACUUUUUUAAAUUUUUUUUUAUUCGCCAUGUGUCAGGUCUGUCAAUCAGUUCGAUUAGGGAAUACACAGAGAGCUAAUCCUUAGUUUACAUUAUUGAAGUAUUAUUAUGGCACGCCAGUUUACGGAUUUGUGCCACUCUCUUGUGGUCGUACAUUGUAAAUACCACUUUUAUUAUUCCUGUACAUAUUAAGUCUAAUGAAAACAAGCAUAGGCAAGUACUAAGAUGAUUCAUUAGUUCAAAAGACGCUUGGGAGAAAUAUGCAAAUAUGAUAUUUUCCUAUUAUUUGCGCUCUUGUUUUUGUUUUGUUUUUUUCUUCUUCGUCUCUCUGAGGUGACAAUAAGCUUUCACGACUUUAUCUAUUCACGAUGUUAGGUGUGAAUUCAUCAUUUGCUCUUACUUUAAUCAUUAUGAUCGUUCUUAUUAUUAUGGUUCAGUUUUGUACACAUGUGGACAACCAGAUAUCCCAAAUCAAGAGAUCUGUUGUUGUUUUUUUUGUUUGUUUGUUUUGUUUUUUUGUUGUUUUUUUUUCAACAAGACAUCUCAAACCAUAGUCUUGCUGCUGCACAAAGCCUUGCUAGAACUCUCAGAACUCUUUUGGGGAAGAGACAGGAACAUCACUUCUGUCCUCACCACGAAUGCUGCCUGAAACCAGUCAAUCAGCGGGGACGUAGACUGACCGUAAAGCCCCCAUGUGUAUAUCUAUACUAAAAAAAUAUACCGUUACACCCGCACGCCUCCUUUUACGCCUAUACUUCUGCCGUAAUACCGUUGCCUCAUGUGUGAGACUCUUCGAAGCUUUAACUGCUCUGUGGAAUAAACGGAAACAGGAGGAAUGAUGGUGUCUGGCUGCUACAGGACGGAGCUGUGAUUAUUUUUUCUCCAGCUCCUCUGUCCGGAAAUCUUUUGUGUUUAAAAACUGUUUCACGAGAAUGCAAAGCUGGAACGAAGUAGCUGUGAUGUUCUGCGACUGGAACGUUUUGUUCUUUGUGAGGUACAACCAGGAGCUUUGGUGUGGAUUGUUUGCGGAGAUGGACACGCACCUGACUCCCUUGACUGACACUGAGACAUUGGGACGUCAGCGCCAUCUAGUGGACUGGAUUAAUCCACACGUACUGUGUACAUUCUACUAUCUAGAAAUUUAAGCUUAAAUCCCGGAUUCUUUGUAAUGACUAAAGGAGCAUGUGCUUUGUCAUCCAGCGCUGUGAAAGGAUAUACACCGAAAUGGCUGCUGUUUCUACGUACAGACAUCUUUCACCUUUUCAGACCCGGCCUCGUUGCCUCUGUAGACUUACAGAACUCACGAACAGCCGGGAUAAUUCUCUCAGAUACUGAACAAGGGAAACACACACACACACAUAUACACACACACACACACAAAUUUUCAGGACUAUAUUCACCAUGGUUUCAGCAGGGAAGAGUUAAUCUAAGCUCAAGGGUGCUUUCACACUUUGCAUGUUUUUUUCCCCCACCAUAAAAACCCAUAAUUCAUAGGGAUUUCUAUCAUUAUACCCUAAACUGUUUCUUGCUAACAUGACAAAAAGAUUUUUUUUGUCUUAUUAAGUCGAAUAAUAAGGCCAACUGGUUAUAGCUGUUAUACCAGAAGGAAUUAACUUACCUGUAAAUGGAUAAAAAGUGCUAAAAUUGUAAUCGUUAGCAAAUUGCUGAAGAGAAAUGAAGUGUUUUAGAGCAUGUCUUGCAUUCUUUACUUGUAUUUGCUCAAUAACAAGAAUAGUUUUUCACCAGCAUUUUCUUGCGACCUGCUUGGUCAGGAAAAAAAACAGCACUCAAUUUUGAAAUGUUUAACCUCUGUAGUGAGCAAAACACUUUCUUCGAAAGCAUCUCAUUUCUUGCGCUACAUUUAAAAUGUGGAGGAAAAAAAGCUAAGUGAGAAAGCACCCUAAGAACGGAUCCAAAACGUAUGCAUCUGGCACACGAGGGUUUCCCCCUGCUUAUUUUUUAAAGGUGUAGUUCGUGAUUUUGUUUGAAGUUCGCUGAAUCAAGGUAUUUUGAAGGUCUGGUUUUCAGUAUUUCCUCCAAAAAGUAACGACCCCAAGCUCCUUAUACUAGAACGUCUGAAUGAUUGUUACCCGGCAAGUUAAGAAAGCAGACAUGUAGAAAUCUUGAGCUCUUUGGUGGUCCAUGAAGCAGAAUUGUUCACAUUUCAAAAUCACAGGCCAUACCUUUAAUAGUUUGGCUGCGGUAUUUACUGGUGAAGCACCUGAAAGCAAAACCCGACGUGUGUGUGUGUGUGUCAGCAUUGAGAACCUUUUUUGAGCGUCACCAUUUGUACGCUAUUCCUUUCAGAAUCGUCAUAAGCUAGAGGAAGGGGUUAGGGUUCAUUACUGAAUUACUGGCUUCUACGUUCAUAUGCUAACAAGACUGGUUGUUGUUGUUAUUAUUAUAUGAGUGAAAUGGGGCUAGGAAGAGAAAGGGUUCAUCGAUCGAACAGAUUUUAAGGUUUCGCUGGAUUGUACAAGCUAACCUGUCCAUAACGUGGUGUAGAAUUAGAAACUGAGAAAGAAAUCUGCUUGAGUUGCGUCUAGUGGUUUGGUCAGAGCAGACGAAGAGAGCAGAGGACUCGGAAAUCUGGUUGUUUUAGGGUUUAUGGAGACACGCCGACAGGUGCCGUUUUUAACCAAAAUGAUCUACCUCUCCCAUCCGCACAUGUAUUCAGUACACGAUUGUGUUUUUUUUAAUUUUUUUUAUUUAAAAGAAUUCAAACACACACACAAACUCAAACACACACACUAAUCUCUUUCUUAUUUAUUCCUCUCCAACUUAAAUGCUGGACUGUUUACCUCAAGCCUAUAGUUAAGGAGGUGCUCCACCUUCUGCCAGUUGACUAAACCCUGUUUCCUUACAUUCUCUGUAUAGCUUGGCAAUGCAAACAGUUUUUCAGCUGGUGUUUCGCCGUGUGAAUUCAGAGACUCAUUUAACUACUCGAACGCUACUCGCAGUCAGUAUUAGCUUUCUCUGGUGCCAACUGGCGAAGCAUCGACAACCAAACCGACUAUGCUAAUUGUGCUAGCUAGGCUAUUUGCAUGUUUCUGCGAACGAUGUGCUGCGUCCUCUAAAUGGACGACGUGUUUAAGCUCAGUGUCUCUGGUGUUACUGCUUUGCAGCCUCUGGGGAAACGUUUCUUUCAGGUGGUUAAAGGGUCUGGGCGCCGGCUUGAACGGUUUCUCCACGCUGCUCCGUCUGUCUGUUUCUCUCUAAUCACACAUUCUGUUAUAUAACCCUACGUUCAUGCUAGCAAGCGACAGACAAACGUUCGUUUUCUCUUUGUGAUUUUAGCAACAGGGUGACAGCAUGAGAUUUUAAAUUGAGGUUUUCUCAAUUCUAUGCAAAUUUGAUAUAACAUGAUAACGUGGCAAAUACAAAUGACUCGACUGGCUAGAACAAUUCCAAGAAUUCAUUUAUAUACUGCAAUUUAUUUAUUAAUUAUAAAUACCAUUUUUCUUAAACGGUCAUUUAAAAUCUCAUAUUAAAUGUCUAGAGAGACAUUAUGAAGCAAAAUAAAGACGUAUUAGAGAUCGUCGGUGUCUUCGGUCAGUGUAAACGAAGCUUGAAGCACAAAACCCAGUAUGUGACAUUUGAAUUAAACCACCAGCGAUUCAUGCAUUAUAUAACUUGUAUUCCGUUUCUCGUCGGAUCACAGGACAGCCAGACUUGUCGUCUGCUAGCAUGUACGUAGAGCUAAGACAGAUAUCGCCUUGUGUUCGGUUAUGCAGUUAAGCAGAAAAGCAAGGAAACAUUUCAAACCUCAUGUCUACCAAACUUACUCUGAUUGUAUUUAUCGUUCACUCACACCUUGACGGAUUCAUUCGGUCGUCAUGGCAUUGCUGCUCUCCUUUUUGGAGGCUUCCUUGCUGGUUCAAUCCUCCUCUGCUACCUCCGUAAAAUGUUGGUUUUCACACAUACACACACAUACACACACAUGCACACACAACAACCACCUAUCAGCAGUCUUGCCUGUAACAUGCUCAUGUUUACGUCUCUCUCUUUCUUUCUCUCUCUCUCGCUCGCUCUCUCUUUCUCUCUCUCUAUCCGUCUUUGGAAUCGUGUCAUUACGAUUGUUCUCUUUUAUCUGCAUCUGAUCAGAUUUCUUAUUUUUUAUUUUUUGGACAUGUACACGCUAGCUCAGUUACAGUACCUCUGUGUGCCUAAAACCCAAAGCCUUAGUGUUUACACUAAGCCUUAGUGUUGACGCUCCCACAUAGGAGAGUGUCAGGGUUAAAGUGGUGAGUCCUAAUGCAAGAAAAAGUGCAGGCCAGGUCCAAAAAAAGGUUCUGCUAUUGUGUUUCAUUAAACAUAUAAACCUGCACUCCAGAGAAAGACUGGAACCACUGUCUCUAGAGUUCGUGGAAUUCCCAGCCGAUUGUUCUAGAACUAUUCUUCUUUGCGGGUUCUAGAAUUGGGGAGUACAAAAUGUUGAGGGCUCUAUAGUUCUGUAGACCUGGUUGAGUCUAGAUUAUGGUUUUAUACUGAUGCAUCGCUAUCAAUGCUUGUAUUGUGUGUCUCAUAAAUGUAGAAUUUGCUUUAAUGUCAUUAUCCGAUACCAGGUGAUACACAGAGUGUCGUGACACACGUGGACAUUUCAUGAGCGCCACAUUGGCAAACGCUGGCUAGCUGAAAAAAAAAGCAAAUAUAAUGUUUUUGAAAGUCAGCCAUCGUUCCUUGACAACGAGGAAUUCAGAACAAAACCCAGCUCUUCACAUCAUCUCUGAUGCUUGUCAUAUACGUGUGCUGUCCAUGGCUGGUAUUUAAACCCGUCCACAAUUGUAUUAAUAAUACUAAGCAUUGGUAUCGAUGAAUCCUAAAGGAAACAGCAAUGGGUCCAGAGCCAAAACUCGGGAAGGAAAGCUUACGAAGGAAAGCUGCAGAUCCACACACUCGUCUCAGACAGACAUGUGGAAAGACCUGGAGUCAGCUGCCUUACUUUCUUUUGGUCUUUUUUUACAUUUUCAACUUAUUUUCCUCAAAGCUGUGUGCAUUAGGUCUGUCUGAUACAUCACACACACACACACACACACACACACAUACACACAUAUAUAUAUAUAUAUAUAUAUAUAUAUAUAUAUAUAUAUAUAUAUAUAUAUAUAGAUAGAUAGAUAGAUAGAUAUAUAGAUAUAUAUAUAUAUACAUACAUACACUGUAUAUUGUACAGCUGCAUGUGCAUUCUCUCAGGUACAAAGCUGAGCAUGGUUUUAUUAUCAUUUUUAAGUAGAAUAGUCAAAACAAUAUAUAGAAAUUGUUCAAAGGUUUUCUUACUUACUCAUAUUCAUGCUGCCAAUAAGAAAUACCAUGCGUUCAUGAUGCAACCAAGAUCAGAUAUGCAAUUUGUAAAACUUGCCGCACAUCGGAUUAAUCGUGAUUUUUACGACUCAGGCUUCAAAAUGAUAAACAUACAGAGACAUAAACAAAACCAUAUAUAUUUGUAUUACUGUUGUAGCACUUUUUCAGGAUGUGGUCAUAUGUACAUUGUUGGAAAUGUCACAUCAAUCGCGUGUUUUAGUGCGGAGCUUGACCCACUUCUGUCUGAGACCGAUUCACUGGCGAUUCAGGUGGGCUCUGACUGGUCAGGUUUUUCCCUCGACCUUUUUGCAUCAGCAUGUGUACAGGACACAGAACUGUACAUACAAUAAACUAGUGCCUACUGCCACACUGAACCGUCCAGAUUUGUAAUAAACUCUCAGCAUUCAGAAAUUCAAGGAAACGUCCGAUUUGUCAGACUCAAGAUCCUAGCUCAUACACUUUCAGAAAAAAGUCUAUUAAACUGUACUUUUCCUUGUCACUGUACUUGUAUCCUUAAAGGUACACCUUUUAUAUGUGUACCUUUGUAUUAAGUACUCAAAAAAGCUAAUUAUAGAUACAGACGUGAUCCUGUUAAUCUCUAUCAACAUUACUAUAUUAUAGUGUGCUGAUACACACUAAAGAUGCACACUACCAGCCAAGUGAUGAUCAAAAGUACAGUUUAGCACUGUGUUUUAUUCAGAGUGUGUAUAACCAGCAUGUCGAAGUGAACCGUUUCCUGGAUUUCCUAAUUACUCUGAGAGGGAAAUGCCUGACUUUUGAGUUCCACCUGGACCAGUUGUGGGUGAUGUGGAUUUUAGUGGACCAUUCCUAGCUUUCCAAAAUACAGCUUCACUUUGGAACACUUUGGAAUUCGCUGGAUUCUCCAGGAAUGGCUCUAAAAUGUGUGGUUAAGGAAUUAUUAAAUAAUCAAGGUCAUUGAUGGGGGGGGGGUGUAUGUGAACCAUAAUAAAGAUGAUUAAAAUGUAACCAGAUGGAUGAAUGCCUGGCCAAAAAAAUAGCAGAUUGAUGCUGAAAUUUAAAAUUAAAGACAAAAAUUCUGAAUGAAUUCCCAAUGAAUAUUGCAGCUGUAUCAUUUACAAAUAAUGAGAAGAACUGAGAUUCCUGCAAAUAUCUUCAGAACACGGAAACAGGUGAUGAGAAGCCCUUGAGAAGAACAGAAGUGUUGAGUGGAGGUUUAGACCACAUUGUGCCUUGACAAAUGGAGCUGAGCGAUCAAGGUUUGGUUCAGAUAAUUGACCAGAUCUGCCAGAAAGCCAUUGAUAUGAUUUCAAGAGAGGUGUGUAACCCACAAAUGCUUGGGUUUUCCCGAGCCUACCUUGUAAGUAACUUUGGAUAAGAGCGGUGACUAUACGAAACAAGGAAACGUGUUAUCUGAAAGUUCUACAGCAAAACAAAAAGAUCGAGCAAGUCUUGAUCACAGUCCUGCUUAAAUACAGGUUGUAUGUAUACAUAGGUCAUAUAGUGCAUUUUAAAUCUUAAAAUAUUCAAUAGUAAAAGAUGUUCAUGUCCUCAAAAACAGUGUAGGAUCGAUGAGCAACAAAAAGCAUCGGUUGAAUCUGAGGUUCCCACAAUUUCUAAAUAUAAGGGUUCACAUGCACAUGCGUCACCAUCACUGACCUUUAGUUUUAACUUCUCUAUUAAGUUUAAAAAAUAUAUGCAAUUUAUUUAUUUCCUCCUAGGAAAAGAGGAAGAUUUUGAACCACAUUUUAGAAUGUGUUUCUGCAGAAAUCCAGGGGGAAAUCCAAAAAGGUUCACAACUCUCACUUUUUUUCUGAUGCCUGUAAAGCUAACUCAUAUAAGUGCAACCAUGUAAUCUCAUCUCAUGUAUAUCUACAAUCCCAAACUACUCGACAUUAAGCUAAAACACUCAUACAGAGCUCAUGUCCAAUAAUAUGCAGUCUUGAACCGCUAGGCCUCAGCUUAACGUUGUAAAGAUCAUUGUUCAUCUGCGAAUCAGUUAGUAAUGCCAUAUUUCCCUAGAUUUUGUCCUGUCCAUUUUGUGUUGAUGACUCUGCUACUUUCCCGAAAGUCGCUUCAUUUUAACUUCUAUUUUGUGCUUUGUAUGUAGUAAAAGACAUGUUUGGAGAAAAUAAACAGCUGUAUAUAGUGAU